CUAGUGACAGUCACAGAGCAGCACCUACCCACUCCUCCUGUCCACACCUGCAAACUCUUUUGCUUGGGCUGAAUAUUUAGUGUAAUUACAUCUCAGCUUUGAGGGCUCCUGUGGCAAAUACCCGGAUUACAAGAUUCCCAGGUUGUGAAAAUUUAUGAGAUACACCAUGAAGGCAACUCUCAUCUUCCUCCUGCUUGCACAAGUGUCCUGGGCUGGACCUUUUCAACAGAGAGGCUUAUUUGACUUUAUGCUAGAGGAUGAGGCUUCUGGGAUAGGUCCAGAAGAACGUGCUCCUGAACUACCAGAAGUGGAGCCCUUGGGACCGGUGUGUCCCUUCCGCUGUCAGUGCCAUCUUCGAGUUGUCCAGUGCUCUGAUUUGGGUUUGGACGCAGUGCCCAGGAACCUUCCCCCUGACACAACACUGCUGGACCUACAAAACAACAAAAUAACAGAAAUCAAAGAGGACGACUUUAAGAACCUGAAUAACCUUCAUGCAUUGAUCCUUGUGAACAACAAAAUCAGCAAAAUCAGCCCUGGGGCGUUCACACCUUUGGUGAAAUUGGAGCGACUUUAUCUGUCGAAGAAUCAUCUGAAGGAAUUGCCAGAAAAAAUGCCCAAAACUCUCCAGGAGCUACGCGUCCAUGAGAAUGAAAUCACCAAAGUGCGAAAAUCUGUGUUCAAUGGAUUGAACCAGAUGAUUGUCAUAGAACUGGGAACCAACCCACUGAAGAGCUCAGGAAUUGAAAAUGGAGCCUUCCAGGGAAUGAAGAAGCUGUCUUAUAUCCGCAUUGCUGAUACCAGCAUAACUGCCAUCCCUCAAGGUCUUCCACCUUCCCUUACCGAAUUACAUCUUGAUGGCAACAAAAUCAGCAAAAUUGAUGCUUCUAGCCUGAAAGGACUGAUUAAUUUGGCUAAGUUGGGGUUGAGUUUCAACAGUAUCUCUGCUGUUGACGAUGGCUCUCUGGCCAACACUCCUCAUCUGAAGGAGCUUCAUUUGGACAACAACAAGCUUAUCAAAGUACCUGGUGGCCUGGCAGAGCAUAAGUACAUCCAGGUUGUCUACCUUCAUAAUAACAAUAUUUCUACAGUCGGGUCAAAUGACUUCUGCCCACGUGGACACAACACGAAAAAGGCUUCUUACUCUGGUGUGAGUCUUUUCAGCAACCCUGUCCAGUACUGGGAGAUCCAGCCAAACACCUUCCGAUGUGUCUUUGUGCGCUCUGUCAUUCAGCUUGGAAACUACAAGUAACUCCCAUGAAAGCCCUCAUUUUUAUAACCUGGCAAAAUCCUGUUAAUGUCAUUGCUAACAAAAAUAAUAAAAUAAGUAAAAUUUUGAAAAAAGAAUGAAAGCUAGAUAUUGGAAACUUAACUGGAUUGUGGAUGUUUUCCCCACAUGACUUAUUAUACAUAAAGCCAAAUAUGCAGUUUAAAGACUUGCCUACAAUAAAACAUAUUUUGCCUGCCAUUUGCAGAAUCAUUUUUUAAAGUUUUCUGUUAACUGAGCUACUAUGGGUGUUUUUAUUUUACCAAAUGUAAAAUGUGGAAUAACCACAUAUGUCAAAAAUUUAGUAAAGCUUUCUUCUUGUAAUUUUCAGAAAGAACCAAAUAGAGUAUCAGUCUUCUGUGAUUUGUAGGGUAAUUAACUCCUUUGGUAUGAAGUGAAACACUACAUGCUAGCUCUGUAUUUACUUCAAUUAUUACUGGUAAAGCGUCAUUUGAAUAUGUGAAUCAAUACAGGCUAUGUAAAAGUUUUGCUAAUGUUAUUAUGUUGAAAAAAUAAAUUAAAAUGCACUCAAAAGUGAUAUUGUAUAAAAGCUUA